AUGCAAAUCUUCUUGAAAGAACUUACCGGCAAAACCUCCACCUACGAGGUCGAGCCUUCCACCACUGUUGCGUCGUUCAAGGUCAUGGUCAUGGACAAGACCGGCAUCCCGAUUGCACAGCAGUUUCAUAUCUUUGCGGAUCAGCAAGUCGGGGGAUACCGCUGCGAUGAAGAUGAUGAGAAGGAUCAGCAGACUCUUGCUUCGUACGGCAUCAAGAAGGAGUGUACUGCCCACAUGGUGCUGCGGCUGAUAGGUACCCAGAAGGAGUGUGAUCAGCACUAG